AUGUCUGACGCCCAAGCCGCCCCUGCCCCAGAAAACGGCGUGCCUCCAGUUGCUCAGGAUAUUUCUCAGGAGAGCCUUGGUUUCAAGGUUUUUGCUGGAAAUCUUGCGUAUUCCACAACGGAUGAAGGGCUGAAGGCUUUCUUUGCUCCUGUUCAAAGCGACAUUCUUUCUGCGCAAGUCAUUCUGCGUGGAACCCGUUCCGCGGGCUAUGGUUUCGUCGCAUUGGCUACCGCAGAGGCCGCUCAGAAGGCCGUCGAAGCACUUGACAAGAAGGAGCUCGAUGGCCGUCAGGUAAUCGUUGAAGUCGCCAAACCGUCCGACCAAAAGGACAAGGAAAAGAAGGAGAAGAAGUCCAAGAGGAGACCCGGCAGGCGCGGCAGCAAGGCUGUUCCCGGGGAAGUCUCAGAGGCUGAAGCAAACGGCGAAGCCGCCCACAAGGCAGAUGCUGCUGCCACUAACGAGACUGACGAAGUUGCCAAGCCCAAGAAGAAGAAAAAGGCUGCUCGUAAACCCAAGUCAAAGGUCGAGGGUGAAGUUUCAGAUGUUAACCCUGCGGCCGCUUAUGAAGGUGAAGCUACACCUGAGGCACCGAAGAAGGUGCCCCGCCCUCGCAAGGCCAGAGCACCGCGCCCUGCUCGGCCUGCUGGUGAAGACCCCGUUGGCGAGCCCUCCAAAACCAUGCUCUUUGUCGCCAACCUCGGUUUCGCCGUCGAUGACGCAGCCCUUGCUGCUCUCUUUGCUGAUGCAGGCAUCAAUGUCGUUUCCGCUCGCAUCGUUCAAAGGCGCUGGGGCCAACCCCGAAGGAGCAAGGGCUACGGUUUUGUGGACGUUGGUAGCGAGGCAGAGCAGCAAAAGGCCAUUGCGGCGUUGGAAGGCAAAGAGAUCGGCGGCCGCACCAUUGCUGUCAAAAUCGCUGUCAAUGCCCCUUACGAUGACGACGCCGCCGCAAAGCAGGAUGGUGCUGAGACCUCUACCGCUGCUGCAUGAACCCCAUCUUUUUUUAAAGACUAACGCCCUCAUGAAUCACCAUCACGUCCCUCUACCUCACGCUAUUGUUACGCUCUCAUUUCAUAGUGAAUUGUGUUGUCCGACCAAUUCCUGAUGUUCUCGCUC